AUGAUGUUCAAAUUAUUCGAGCGCCCAAUGUACUACAGAAGAGUUCCAUCAUUCAUGGAUGUGUUUGAUGCUAUGGAAAGACAAAGCAUGUUACAAGAUUUAAUGUUCUCAGAUUUCGAUAUUCCACAGAUGUUCCUUUACUUCACUUCCAAUAACUCAAAGUCAAACAAGAAAACGAAGAAGUCUACUUCUCAAAAGAACACAUCUGGCUCUGAAAAUACAGAAAAGUCAGCCGAAACAAAAGAAGUACAAAAGACUGAAAUUCCAAAAGCUGAAAAUACUACACUUACAGAAAAUGAUAUGAAGCAAGAAGAAAAGGUUGAGCAUUCUCCAAAGGCAGAACCAAAGGAAGUUCCGGUUAAUAAUGAAGUUCCAGCCGAACAGGAAGAAAAGAUUGAGGAUGAGAAGAUUGAAAUUUCAACAAAAUUAUCACGUUCAUUAUCCGAUAAUCACCUUGAAAUUGAAGAAGAAGAGGCAAAGGAAGAACCAUCACUUGAAGAAAAUCAUUCAAUCAAGCGUUCUAGCUCAGAAGAUUCCUUGAAACUUCAUGAAGGAGCUGAAAAAACAAAGGAAAUUGUAAACAAGAAUGAUAACGAAAAUAUUCCAGAAGAUGAAGUUGAAGAUGAUGAUGAAUUUACUGUGGAAACAAAGACAAUCACAAAGAAGGGUGGUUUCAAGCAUGAGAUUCGUACAGAACGUAAUGAAGAGACUGGUGUUGUUAUCGUUACAGAAACUAGAGAAAUUGGAAAUCAAUCAAUGUCACUUAAGAGAAUAACUUAUCCAGGAGGCGAUGUUGAAGAGUUCGAAUCUAGAAAGAACCUCAAAGAUGAUGAAUUAGAAGCAUUCAAAGCCAAGUGGAUUAAGGAAUUCCCUAAUAACUAA